GUAUAAACAAAAAUAAAAUAAAAAUUGACUGUCCAAUUAGAACCGGACCAACUCGCUGUAUUGGGCCCAAGAAGCACCGGCCCGUUAUCCUUCCACUGCGGAGAGCGGAAGGUGGUCGUUGCUCUGUGAGACCAGCCUGACGCGGUGCCCUUCGCUCUAAGGACCACGGAGUCCAGGCCUUCGCCUGGACCCCGGGGACCAACUCUCCGCUUGGAACGGGCGAGCCGGCAUGAGCAUCCAGGACCCAGCGAGCUGGCUCGGCUCAACGUCCAGUCAACCUGAAGCCCCCGCUUGGGUCACAAGCUCACGCUAACGAGCCCGGCGAACAAGUAUGCUGGUUUCUGUAUAGUCCUGAAUUCACUCACGAUGGGUGUCAUGGGGCUCUGCCCCAAUGCUUGCACUCGGUUACCCAUCAGAGUUAUUCGAUUACAAAGGAGGUUCAAUUUCUUCUUACCGGCGCCGGCGCCGUCGUUAUUUUGGUUAAAGGUUCGUGGAUUUCCAGGAAUAGCGUCAAUUUUCACUCGCGCUGCUUCGUAUGACGCCGUCUCUUCUCCCGACGAUGAAGUUUCCACGUCGACCAUGUGCAAUCAAGCUCCGUUUUCAGGGUUGGAAGAUGUGAUGUUGGGAUACAUAUUUGGUCAGAGAAAGGUCACUGAAGUAGCUCACGCUGUGUGGAAAAAGGUCGUUAGGAAAGGGGAUGUGGUUAUCGACGCCACUUGUGGAAAUGGAUUCGACACACUUGCUAUGCUAAGGCUUGUUGCAGAUGAAAAUAGUUGCAGAGGCCACGUUUACGCCAUGGACGUUCAAAAGGAAGCUUUAGAAAGCACUUCAUUUUUACUGGAUCGAUCAGUCUCUGCUGGUGAGAGGAAACUUGUUGAACUUUACGCCAUGUGUCAUACGAAAAUGGAAGAACUUGUUCAUAUUGGGGAUGUAAUUAGGUUGGUUGCAUUCAAUUUGGGCUACCUGCCCGGAGGCGACAAAACGCUGAAAACUCUGCCCGACACAACAUUACUUGCAUUGGAGGCUGCAACGAGAGUAGUUGCGCCCGGAGGCAGUCUCAUUAGUGUAGUUUGUUAUCUGGGCCAUUCAGGGGGAAGGGAGGAGUUUAAGACAGUGGAAUCGUUUGCAGCUGGCUUACCUAUCGACGGUUGGACGUGCUGCAAGCUCCAGACAGUAAACCGACCGUUGGCGCCGGUUCUUGUUCUCUUAUACAGAAAAUGAGACCAAAAGUUAAUCGUGUGUUGAUCUCUAGAACUGCUCUUGUGAUUAUAACAUUUGUUGCUCUCUAUUAAGUUAAUCAAGUAUAAGACACCUAUAUCGAUUUUCUGCUGUAUUGAAGAUUGUUUUGAGCAGAUUUUUUGAAAUUGAUCAUUAUGGGCUUGUUUAAUUCUUUUGAGCAAAUGACCUAUUUAUUUAUCUAUCACGAGAAUCGUUAGGAUUCUGAAUGUUGUGGACAAGGUUGGACAUGGUUCGGAUAUUUGCAAAUAUACAUACAUUUGGU